ACCAUGUCCCGCUAAUUACACGUGUUUGCCGAAUGCGGGACCGAACCCUAACUAUGGUUACACUAACUUUGACAACAUUGGAUGGGCAUUAGUAAUGUCCUUUCAGCUUCUUACAAUGGACUACUGGGAAAACUUGUAUAAUAAGAUGAUUGCUGCUGUAGGCGCUGGAUAUGUGUUCUAUUUCAUAUGUGCGAUAUUCUUCUGCUCGUUUUAUCUGCUCAAUCUUGUGCUUGCCAUUGUGGCGUUAUCGUACGAACAAGAGAUAAGAGCCGUAGUCCACGAGUCCGUACAAAGACGACGCGAGAAAAAAAGCGCAGUAUCAUAUCCUGCAGACGAAGAGACACUACGAACGCUGCGUCCACUUAACACCACCGUUGGUGCUCAAAUACUAGGUAUCAAGGCAAUCAGACGAGAAAUAGCUUAUCAAAUCAAACAAGCACAGAAAUCUAAUAUACAACGAAAAGAAUCGAUUUUCAAGAAAAUAGGAAGCAAGAACACUUUUAAAGAUGUCUUAGAUGAAAAAUUAAAGAACGAUUUAUUCACGCAAGACAUGCGCUGCUGGCCUCGAUUUCAGAGGAUUCUGUUGAGCGCAGUUGAUCACCCGUUAUUUGAACUGGCUGUAAACGGGUUUAUACUGGCUAAUACUGUAGUACUGGCGCUUUAUCAUUAUGGUAUCAAUGAUGGAUUUAAAUACGUAUUAGAUAUAUUGAAUUUGGUUUUCACAGCGAUAUUUCUACUAGAGAUGGUAGUAAAGUUGAUGGCGUUGGGUACAGUUGAUUAUUUACAGAGCAGAUGGAAUCUUUUCGAUGGUUUAAUUGUAGUUAUGAGUUUAAUAGACACUACAUUUGAAUUAGCAAAGUUCCGCGAAUCAGCAGGGACAAGCAUAUUUAGGACAUUUCGCUUAGUUCGUAUAAUGAAAUUAGCUCAGUCUUGGAAGACUAUGGGAAAACUACUUGCUACAAUAGCGAACAGUGUGGGACCCAUCGGCAAUAUCACUCUUAUCCUCGUCCUUAUAAUCUACAUCUUUGCCGUUAUGGGAGUUAAAGUUUUUGGUUCCUCGUACACGGAGGAGGUUUUCCCUGACGGUAUUCCAMGAUGGAAUUUCAAAGACUUUUGGCACUCCUUUAUGGUAGUUUUUCGAAUUUUAUGUGGAGAAUGGAUYGAGCCGYUGUGGGAUUGCAUGAAAGCAACGAAUCCUGGAGCGAUUGUGUUUUUCAUACUUUCAUUCGUCAUUGGCAAUUUUAUAGUUUUAAAUCUCUUCCUCGCUUUGCUUCUAAAUGCCUUUGAUAGUGAGGACGAGGAAGAAGACGAAGACGAAGACGAAGAUGGUGAAGACAAAGAGCCAUUCCGUGACUGGUUGAAGCGAAAACUCUUCACGACAAGGCGUUGGAUCGUCCCACUUAAAAACAACGUCCCUCAGUCCACAGCAAAUGGGUCGGCAACUAACCAAAUUCAAACACCGGGCAAAAGCACAGUAGUAAAAGCAACCAAACCAUUGCCUCGUCGUGACUUGGAGUCCCCUACAGAUGCAGGAAGUAACGCAACGUUAGCAAGCUUAGCCGCAGGAAUUGGCGGUAACAGGAAGAAUCGACCUGUAGGAGAAAUUGUCAUAACCGAAUGCUUUCCGGAGUUCCUGAUGGCUCCCUUUGAUUGCUUACCCUUGACAUGUUAUUGGUGGCUUCGACUUCGAGCACGAGUGCGUUUCAUUGUGGAACAUCGAUUCUUUGAAUGGUUUAUUUUAUCGCUGGUUUUUAUAAGCAGCUUUGUUCUGGUUUUUGAAGACGUUCACCUCAAAGACAACCCAAAGCUUGCUUACAUACUCGACACACUGAACUACAUGUUUGCCAUUAUUUUUGCCAUCGAGUUCGUUCUCAAGAUCACUGGACUUGGGAUUGUAGAGUUCUUCUCGUCAUUCUGGAAUUUCCUGGAUGCGUUCAUUGUAGCAAUUUCUGUAGCUUGCAUAGUUGAAGAUAAGGAACUUGCAGUGUUUAGGUCAUUGAGGACUGUACGAGCAUUACGUCCAUUGAGAGCUGUCUCAAGACUGGAAGGCAUGAAGGUUGUUGUAAAUGCGCUUUUCGCAGCCAUUCCUGGAAUCGCCAACGUGCUWCUUGUAUCGUUACUGUUCUGGUUGAUUUUCUCAAUCCUUGGUGUCCAGUUAUUUGCCGGCAAGUUCUUCAAGUGUCUGGACGAAGAUGGCAACCGUUUGCCAAUAUUAGAAAUCAACAAUAAAUCUGAUUGCCUCGCGCAUGCAGAUGAUGGAUAUCGGUGGGAGAAYUCGAAAAUUAACUUUGAUAAUGUCAUCAAUGGUUUUUUAGCRCUUUUUCAAGUGGCAACCUUUGAAGGCUGGAUGGAGGUCAUGGAUGACGCAGUGGACACAAGAGGGCAUGACAUGCAGCCAUCAGACGAGAGUAACUUCAGUGGGUACACCUACUUUGUCAUCUUUAUCAUCAUUGGAGCAUUUUUUGUACUCAAUUUGUUCGUCGGUGUCAUCAUUGAUAAUUUUAAUACGCUUAAACGAAAGUAUGAUGAAUUAAGUGGYAUGGGCAUGYUGCUAACUGACAGUCAACGGAAAUGGGUGGACAUGCUAAAAGAGGCUGCAAAACGAAAAGCUCCUGUUCAGGCCAUCAGACCGCAGGAUUGCCUAAGAGGUCGUCUAUUUGAUGCAGUGACCAGUACAGUAUUCGAGAUUGUUUUGCUUGGUGUCAUCAUUUGUAAUAUGAUUAUCAUGAUGUUCCAGCACUAUGAUCAGUCGGAGCAGUUCAGCGAAGUUAUGAAGAACUUCAAUCGUUUCUUCACGGCUGUCUUUAUAUUAGAACUCGUCUCUAAACUGAUUGCUCUUCGGUUAUACUACUUCAAGAAGGGAUGGAACGUCUUUGAUUUCAUCAUMGUAAUCUUUUCUAUAAUAGGUCUUUAUUUCGACGAAUCGGCGACCAAAGGCGUUGGAAAUCCAAGUCUAUUACGAGUGAUACGAAUAUUCCGUAUUGCGCGUCUUCUGCGUUUGCUCGAGUUUGCUAAAGGAGUCCGACAACUUCUCGUAGCCUUGGUGAUAUCCCUUCCAGCAUUGCUAAACAUCGGAACUCUACUAUUUCUAGUUAUUUUUAUAUUUGCAAUAAUUGGAAUGUCAACUUUUGGGCAUAUAAGAAAACAGGGAGCCAUUGAUGAUAAUGUCAAUUUUGAGACGUUUGGAAACUCUAUGAUGGUGCUGUUUCGCCUGGCGACCGGGGCGGGUUGGAACGAUGUUCUGGACGCUCUUAUGGUGCAGCCGCCCGACUGUGAUUUUGACUACGGCGACGAUCUACCGAACGGCGACUGUGGAUUCCCUCUUGGGGCCAUUUUAUAUUUGGUAUCUUAUAUAAUCAUCGUGUUUCUAAUCAUUGUAAAUAUGUACAUAGCRGUCAUUUUGGARAACGUWAACCGAGCACAGGAACCUGGGGACUGUAUAUUCAAAAAAGACGAUCUCGACGAUUAUUAUGAGAAAUGGGAGUCUCUUGUUGAAGGGGGAAAGCAGUACGUAUCGGCUCACAGGCUUUCCCAUCUUGUGGCGAAUCUUAAUGAAAAGUUUCGAAUACCUCAGCCCAACUCUGAGGUGCUUGCUCGUCUUGAUAUUCCAAUUCGAAUUGGUGAUCGUGUACAYUGCUUUGACUUGUURAAAGCUUUGGUUAAAAGACUUCUAGAACAGCAAGGGGAAUCCCCRCAGACWUUCGAUCAGAUAGCAAUACGCUUAGAAGCWCAGUUUAAGAAAUCAUUUAGCAAUCAGUCUCCUAGUCUGACUCCYGAUAAUCCAAAUGAUCACGCUACACGCGUGUUACAAAAAGCAACGCGCGUGUUUACCGAGAGAAAACGCGAUACUCGAAGAGAACAACUAAUGAUGCUACACGAAAUUGACAAAAGGCGUCAAAUGGAGGCUGAAAUCUUCAACAACUUUGACGAAUGCGAUUCUAAUUUUUCGGACGAYUCCGACCUGGAUCGAGAAUCGCUGUCUUAUCAUCUCAUGCUUAAAAGCAAAAUUUCCGGGGGGUAYUUUAACCGUAAAGGAAACAAAAGUGGSGGUAGUGCAAACAACAUUUAUGGGUCUGCUAARGGCAGUAAUAGUAACAUAUUUACUGGUGAUGACCGGGGGAGUACGCACAACAUGUACAAUGAUAGAGAAUACCUGGAYAAUAAUCACACAUAUGGUGGAGAACCCGUACAGAAUUAUGACGAUAUAGAGCCGAGAAGAAGUCCUCAUAUUGGGAACUAUCGAAGGAAUUCUUACAACUGUUAUGAAGGAGAACCCAGGAGAAGCACAUUUUAUUUUAAUCAUAACGAUGGAGAACCCCCGGGAAGUAUAUACGUUAACUGUAAUGGAGGAGAGCGUCGGAUGAGUUCGCCUUGUACGUAUGAAGCCGUUGAUUACCGGGGUUCAAGUCCAUACAGUGAUGAAAUUGAUGAAUCUCCUCGCAGUUCGUUUAGUACUUGUAAUGGAGAACCCGUGUAUGGAAAUAAGUUUAGAGAUUUCGAAGGUGGCGAUACUUGGCAAAUCGAGAUUUAAUGGUUGACUUUACAUUCUUGAUGAUCRAAACGCCGCAAUUUGCAUGUAACUAGAAGUAAAGAGAGUUUCAAACGAAUGCAAAACGUCAUGCGGUAAAAAUUACGUGCAACCUGAACGCUAUCUCUUGAGCKGGAAUCACUGAAGAAGAAUCGAUGGCGAAACCCUCGCGACGUGCUUUCUUUCUUACCUAAUAAACAAUCGUAGCAAUUUUUAAAUAGAAAAGACAAAUGUAUAGUAUACGAAAUAAGUGUUCACCAAAGGGUGAUCGUGKUAGAUUGUGGAUCAGUCGGGAUCGAUGACAUCACCAGAAGAGGUGUAAUUAUUACUAUACAGAACCACUGUGGAGUGGCAUCCCGCCAUCGUGAUUUACCUGUCGUAACGCCCAUUUUGUAUACUACCCCCAAAAAAUGAAAGCUAGAGUAAAGACAAUCUCUUUUCCAGGCCCUGAAGGCCUGACCCCAGGCGAAGGGAUAAGAGUCUGGAAACGAGGUUGGAGUAAAGAAUUCGAAGUUUGGCAUUGCUAUAUAUGUUCAAAAGACAUCGCAAAAUCCGUCUGAACAGUUUUGUAGAAUAGUUACGUUUUCUAUCGCAUCUCCUUUGGUUUCAUAUUAUAUCGCAUAAUACUUUGAGCUGAUCGCGACAAGGGGUACCACUUCUCCCCUCACAAAAUACUUGUUUGUCCCGAAGUCAAUAGAAAAUCAUCGCGUGUUUGGAAUUAGGAAAUUAGRCAAAGAAUCGAUGUUCAUCGACCUAACGAAAAUAAUAGAUGUUCGAGGUAGUGCCAUAGGAAAUUAAGACGAAACGUCUGCUGUGCUAAAUACCCCCAGUAAUCAUUAAAUCCAAGACAUUCUUAUCGUAAACCGAUGAUAUAACAACAAAGUUGAAGUCUAACAUUAACAAACUUUUUAAAAAUGUAGAAUCCAUGUU